AAAAUUUAUUCUCGACUUAAAAGAGGAAAAGCUUGUUCUGUCUUCUCUUCGAUCUUCUCCAAUCCCGCUACUGCAAACAUCAGACAACAAAACCUCCCGCGAACCCAACAAAAAAGAAAAAAAGAAAAGAAACAAAGACCCUCCAUUUACUCUCUCUCUCUCUCUCUCUCUCUCUCUCUCUCUCUCUCUGAGAGAAAGAGAGAAGCAAAGCAUCUGUCUUUUACCUUUGAAUUUCAUAGCGAACACACCUUUCAUUUUCAGAGGAAUCAACCCUACUAUUCUCGUUUGGAUGUGAUCGUGAAUUCGUGACAUUCUUUGGGUAAAACCCACUUUAAAGAUCUUCGAACCAUACUUGGCAGCCCGUCAUGACUGCCGAUACUAAUGAUCCAAGUUACUGGCUGAACUGGAGGUUCCUCAUCUGUGCAAUAUGGAUCGCAUCUACUAUGGUUGUAGCCUCAAUUCUUAUAUGGAAAUAUGAAGGUUUCAACAAACUUAGAACGAACAGGAGGGCAGCUCGGCGAGAAACAGUAGGGUCUUUGUAUGAGGAUGAAGCCUGGAAGACAUGCCUUAAAGGAAUACAUCCCAAUUGGUUACUUGCUUAUAGAAUAAUUGCUUUCAUUGUGAUGUUGUGGUUGAUAGUUGCCAAUGUUGCUCUAGAUGGAUUCGGCAUCUUUUACUUUUAUACACAGUGGACAUUUACUUUGGUCACCUUUUAUUUUGGGCUGGCAUCUUCGCUCUCUCUUCAUGGAAUUUGCAAGUAUCGCAAUAGAGUUGGUGAGGAUGAAGAGCGAGGUACUUAUGUUGCUCCAACACUUGGGGAGAAUAGUAAUCCAUCCAAUGCAUCUAAAACUUUAACUGCCGAGGAAUAUCAUGGCCGUGAAGGCGCAGGUGCAUGCGUUUAUAUCUUUCAGAUUAUUUAUCAGAUGUGUGGAGGUGCUGUUGCUCUCACUGAUUGCAUAUUUUGGCUCGUUCUGUAUCCAUUUCUAACAGCCGCAGAUUACAAACUGAAUUUUAUGAUUGUCAGUAUGCAUUCAAUCAAUGCUGUUUUCCUCCUUGGCGAGGCAUUGUUGAAUUGCAUGCGGUUUCCAUUGUUUCGAAUCGCUUACUUUGUGCUAUGGACGGGAAUAUUCGUGAUAUUUCAGUGGAUAUUACAUGCUUGCAAAUCUAUGUGGUGGCCCUAUCCAUUUCUUGACUUGUCAUCCUCAUCUGCUCCUUUAUGGUAUCUUGGGGUUGGAUUGAUGCACAUCCCAUGCUACGGUGUCUUUGCUUUAAUAAUUAGGAUGAAGCAGCUUUUGUUGUCAAGAGCAUUCCCGGAUUCUUAUCAGAAUUGAGAGAUGAAGAAAGAUUGGGGCCACAAAUUGCAGAACCAUUUCAUAUAAAACGAUUAGUGAUGUUAAUUUUUUGGCCUGGAUAAAGAGGAAAGAUUGGUGCUUCAGGCUUCCAGUUGUAGUUAGCUGCACUGCACAUGAUGAUUAUCUUCAAAAGCAGCCAUUGAUUGCAGAUUUGCACAUUCAAUAUUAUGAUUAAUUAUUCCAUCAUUUGGUAAAUAAAAUUUUAAUUACAAGCUUGAA